AUGACACGCGCUACGGAGGCAUCAGCAGAAGCGGCAGCCACAAACAAGCAGCACCAUCAACAAUCGAAUCAGAACUUUGAAACUCCCCAAAACCUGGGUCACGAAGAGUUCUGGGAUGAGAUAUGUAGCGCUCAGGCGGAACAGGGUCAGGGUUCUUUUGUUUCGGACGGGGUUUCGAGGGUUUUGUUUGGUGAAGUCGUAGAAAUUCCUGAUGGUGACGCCCCCGUGACUGAGACAGAGCAUCAUGGAGGCACACCACUUGAUGAGCCGUCUGGUGAUGCGGAUUUGUUUGAUCUAGCUGCGUAUCAGCAGGCGCUGGAAACCCUCAAGAAGAAGUGUCAUGCAGGAUGUUACGAUAAAGACUGUGAAGCUUGCGUUCGUGCCAGAGGAGCCGUGAGGCCUCAUCGAAGCAUUAGCGACGACAGUAAGUCCUAUGCCAAUCUGUCUUUGGAUAUUUCAGGGCCUCAUGUGACAUCAGCAGACCAGAUGAAGUACAUCGUGAUCGGUGUUUACCGUAUGCCAAGCGGAAAGAAUCUUUACUACGCGGAGCCCACGAAGACCAAGCAUGCGAGCGCAGUGGCCGAAGCCACGGUGCGGAUCAUGGCGCAACUAGCAUCGCUUCAGGUACCUCCAGUUUUCAGAUUGCACACCGAUUGUGGCCGAGAGUUCGAGGCACAGCUAUUCCAAGAGCUUGGGACCCGAUUCUCCACCUUUCACACCCAGUCAGCGCCCUAUAAUCCUCAAUCAAACGGUCGAGUUGAAAGAUGGGUACAAGCGCUCAAGCAAGCGGCCAUCCGGGAGUUGGUUCACUCAGGUUUGAGUCCAACAUAUUGGACGUAUGCCGUGCAGAACGCUGCGCCGUACUCUCGGAUGCGGGCUAUGGGUAUUUCGGUGCUAAAGGAGACUCCGAGGAUGGGAGAUUGGGUGGCUGUCAAGCGGCAUGAUGCUGGCGACCUUGAAGAACGGGCUAAGUGGAAGGUCUCAGUGGAUCCAACCAGUGAUCGAAGAGUGUGGGUAAGCAGUGAUGGUCAGGUUGUGUGGGAUCAGGAUGCACCUCGUGGCAUUCUCACUGUGGAGGAGAGGCUUCACGGUCCGGAUAGUUAUCCCGAGAACCUGGAAAGGAUCAUCAAGCAGCGAACGCGGCCAAGAGGGCCACAGGAAUCGCUGGAGCUAUUCGCCACAUUUGGUCACAGCCUCUUGGGAACGGAAACGCUCCCGGAGGACAUAGGUCCAGAACCAGAGCCGCUGGAGCCUGAAACCAUUGUUGUGGACAAACUGUCAGCGAACAAAGCCCAAGCUAAUGUAGCUACAGCGCAACCAGCAGAUGAGGUAGGGAAGAGCGGGAAGUACCACAUCGCAACCUUUCAGGAGGAGCAACACGCCAUUGAGGAGGAGAUACACGCUAUCCUGAGUGGUUUGGAUCAGGCCUCCGGAAUCACAAUGACGAAUGAUGUCUUUAAGACCGGCACCGAGGAUGAGAUUCAGAAGUGGGUGGAUGCAGCCAAGGAGGAGCUCAGCAACAUGGACAAAUUGCAGGACACAUCGGCGCACACAAAGGAAGAGUACGCAUCUUGCAACAUCCAAUGUGAAGGCCUACGCUUGAUGUUCUCAGCUUUCGCAAACAAUCCCGCAUGGAGCGGACUAAUCUUUGAUAUAAGCUGCGCCUUUCUGUAUGCGAAGCUUCGCGGGGAAAAGGCCAUCGUGGUGCGACCGGCACCAAUCCUGAUAUCCUUGGGGUUGGUUCCAGAGGGAACUCUAUGGAUCUUGAGUCGAGCAUUAUACGGACUCAGACAGUCCCCGGUGGAUUGGGAAGCACACCGGGAUGAGGCAAUCACAAAUCUCAUUCUUGAUCCGUCAAAGGACGAUGGGCAUGGCGUCAUGGUGUUUGAACCCAUUCCUGCAUGCAAGGGCCUGUGGAAAAUUCUUGAAAGGGAUACUGGAGUGUUGCUUGGUACAGCCACAACAUAUGUAGACGAUGGAUGGGUGAUCGGAGACGCCGAAACUUUGCGAAGAACCGCCAUUGGGAUGAAAUCGCUGUGGAAGGUCAAGCUACAAGGCCUUCUACAACAUCCAAGCAUGCCGGGAGAGGCAGUGAAGUGGGAUGACAUGACAUGCCCCGUCAAAUCUUCCUUAGUGUAUCUUGGAUGUCAAAUUCAGAGGCUUAUGGAUGGCACAGUACAAGUCUCACAGCGUAAGUGGAUCCUUCAGUCACUGGCUUCACGAGGCUAUGUGCACAUGAAUGGCACAAAGAGUCUUCCGGAUCCAUGUGAGGGAACACUGCCACCGGAGACACGCGAUGAGGAGUACAAGAGGCGAGUCAAACAGGGACAGGGCGAAGUGGGAUCCUUGAUGUGGGUUGGACUCCGCACCCGUCCGGAUAUCCUGUCAACGGUAGGAUCGGCUGCGUGCAUGUUGGUGAACAACCCGACUGAGACGCUGAAGCUAACCAAAGUGCUAUGGCGUUUUCUCAGACACACGGUGAACCGGUGCAUGCAGUACAAACCGUUGAAGACCGACCCCGAAAUCCACAUUCACACCGAUGCUAGCUAUGCCAAUGGAGGCAGUCGGUCAAGAACUGGAAUCACUGUUUCCAUAGGUGAUGGCUCUGAUGCGCACAUCAUCGCCUAUCUUUCAACGAGGCAGGCACUGACAGCGUGGAGUGCAACAGAAGCCGAGCUGGAAGGCAUGGCGAGUGGUCUUCAAAAGGGCUGGCAUGUGAAGCUAUUGUUAGAGCAGAUGUUGGACAAAACAAUCAAAAGCACCUUGCAUGGCGACAACAGCGGUGCGAUCACGCUUAGCACCAGGGAUACGUUCUCUGAGUUGGUCAUGCGAACCCGGCAUUUUGCCACUAGGACCAGCUGGAUUCGGGAUACUGUGGUUCAUGAGGGAAUCGAUGUCGUGCACACCGGAACGAAUGAGAUCAAAGGCGACAUUCUCACGAAGAGCCUGAGUUACCGAAAGCUGGAAAGUGCAUGCGAGUUGCUGGGCCUGGGGGCCUGGAAUUAA